GAUCGUCACAAAUACACCCUCCAGGUGGACUGUCACGGCACCGAUAAACUCUGAUAAGGUCUCCUCACCCGAUGGAUAACAAAGCGUUUGCGUCAGUUGUGCAGGCUGGGCUUUUCUAACUCGUUCAUGAUCUGUUUUGGAGCUAUAAUGCCUGGGAUAAUGCGAGGAGACAUGAUCAACACACAUGACAAGCCUGAGAUCUGGGAUCGUCCCCCAUACAGAAAACACAAACCACAGAUACGCCUACACUACCCAUGAGGAUCCCUGGAAAUCCUACCAUGAAAACCCAAUGCCGAUCACAAGCAAACCCAGGAUGAAACUGAACAGUGAUGACGAGGCAGUACUGAGCUUCUUCUGUGAUCACUACAGCAAGGGUCCAAAAGACUUGAAAAUAACUGCAUCAAGCCGGACAGUUGGCGUCUAUGAACAGAAUAAAAGGGGCUGCAAUGGACUGGGAAACAACAUUCCUGAGCUAACACCCACAACCUAUGAAAUGAAAUUUUUAGCAGAAAACAUUUCAUCAAAUUUAAAUGGCCUGGACUCUGUACUAACUGUACACAAACCUGAUAGACCAUGUGGGACAGCAUUUCCUAUUAAACAGGAUAAUGAGGAUUUUCUGCCUCCUGCAACUGAAACCUAUGACAAAAACAUGUUGAGUUCUAUCUUCGAUUCCAUCUUGCUUCCACAGCCUCACAAAUGGACAUUAGACAGCACUUUCAAAGGCUCACAUGAGCAUGUGUCCUGUGAUGACCCUUUCACUGACCAGACAGAGCCAGCCUACUCCGACAGCUAUCCACGUUCUCUUCCAGCCAGAAGUGACUUUGAGUACUUGUUAGGCUGCCCAAGAGCGUCCUUGGCUAAAUCUGGGGAGAUUCCCAUGGCGUACCUCAAUAAGGGUCAGUUCUACCCCAUCUUCCUGAAAGCAACUGGAGGAAGUAAAGGUCUGGGACUUUCAUCCACUAAAGUCAAGACAGUGGUUAUGGCAGUGUUUGAAAAUGAGAAAAAUGCAGAAACCCAAUUGAAAUGUUGGAAUCACUGGCAUUCCCGACAACCUACUGCAAAGCAAAGAGUCAUUGACAUUGCUGAUUACAAAGAGGUCUAUAGCACAGUCAGCAACAUAGAAGAGGUCGCAUUCAAUGCCUUGUCAUUCACCUGGAACACCAACGACGAAGCCAAGGUAUACAUUGGAAUAAACUGCCUGAGCACAGACUUUUCUUCCCAAAAGGGAGUGAAGGGGCUCCCCUUGAAUCUGCAGAUUGACACUUAUGACUAUGGGACCGGAACAAACAGAUUAAUUCACAGAGCAGCCUGCCAGAUCAAAGUUUUCUGUGAUAAAGGAGCAGAGAGGAAGAUGCGAGAUGAGGAGAGAAAACAAGCAAGAAGGAAAGGAAAGGGAGCAGACUCCAGUAAUAACGGUUCAAGUGUAAAACAGAGUGCAACAUCCUCUCCAAGUCAUACGGAGUUUACCUGCUUCCAGUCGCUAGAUGACCUUGUUACACAGCCAGUCCUCUUCAUUCCUGAGAUCCAUUACUCAAAUAUGCAGAGAUGUGGCCUGGUGCCACCAGCUGUUCCAGAGGACAUUGACAGGCCACUCUUAAAAAGAAACUCUGCGUCCUACACAGACAACAGUAACUCUCCACCACUGAAACAGUCGAGGAUCGAAGAGCGGCAGCAAAGAGUUCUCUUGUAUGUUCGGACUGAAUCAGAAGAGGUAUUUGAUGCCUUGAUGCUGAACACGCCUGAUAUGAAAGGACUAAGAGAUGCUAUUUCAGAAAAGUAUGGACUUCCUGAAGAAACUAUUAGCAAAAUAUAUAAGAAGUGCAAAAGAGGAAUUUUUGUUAACAUGGAUGACAACAUCAUACAACAUUAUUGCAACCAUGCAGCCUUUCUUUUGGACAUCACAGAAAUGAUGGGCAGAUACCAGAUCACCCUCCGAGAGCUCUAACCCAUAUGUUGAAACCACGAGCAAAGAACAGCAAGGCACUGUGUUGGAUGAGGCUUUUUAUUUUCAAAUACUCUUGUGAGAUGUAAAUGCACCACUGUAAAUUUUGCCAAGGCAAUGCAAUUUUGAUUUUGGACCUAAACACUGCCAAGGUGUUGCCAAGAAUAUGGAAGCAUUUCUCAGCCUGAACUAAAGAACAGGGGAAACUGCAUUUUUUCAUUUUAAAAACAUUUUCAAGUGUUUUGUAUUGCGUUUCAAGUUUCAUUUAUUUUGAUAGCAUUUAUACUUCCUGUAAAUAUUUAUAAAUAUAUGUACUGUAUAUGUUUUUGUGUAUUUGUAUAGAUUGCUGCAUCUGGCCCUUUUAUUGAGGGGGGCACGUGCCACUUAAAUACAGUCCUACAUUUUCUAAGACUGUUUGUACAGAAAGA